AUGGUGACGUACAACUAUAGCGAGCGCGUGGAGCAGCCCGUGUCUGACAUGACAUCUGCCGAGCGAGACCAAAUCCGUGCCGAUGAUCUCUAUCAAACAACAAAGCAGCUGUGUGCAACUGUUAGCACCUUCGAGCAGUUGAUGCGAACGAUUCCGGAGCCAGACUCUCGAAUAUCAGAUCUAACGAGCCAAUUUGGGGAGUCGGUUGCAUAUACAAGCUCGCUGCUGCACCAGUUAAACGACUGCCUCCAAGGGAGCAGCGAUUCUGCAAGCGACAGAAAUGGCAGACUUGAAAUCGAUAUUGAUUCCGGUGGCGAUAGCGAUGACAGCCUUCAAAGCCCGACCGAUUCUGAAAGCGGCGGUGGCAGCUUUCAAAGCCCGACCGAUUCCGAAAGCAGCGACAACGACACAGAUGCCGAUUCUCCUCUCUCUAGCCUUGAAUUUAGCAACAACGACAUCAGUCUCGGAGAUUACGAUAAUAUUAUAUUCUGCAAAGACGACGAUGAUAAUGGUUCUGGCGACGAAGAUGGCAAUCUCUCCCCUGGCACGUUAGCAAAGCUAGGGGUGCACUUUGAGCAUAAUUACGAAGGAGGCUGCGGUCUGUCAGCAACAUAUUUUGUGUUCUUUUACGGCCCAGAGAAGUGCGCUGUUACCUGUACCAGGCCGCGGUGCAACAAUAACUACGUCGCUCGAAAACAGCGCGAACUCCGGGACCAGAACACAAAGUCGCUCGAAGCAGUAAUGGACAAGGCUAACAAGGUCCUACGAGAAGAAGAACUGCGUUUUCAAGAGACGCCCCAAUACAAGUACUGCCCGGAUAAGGAGCAGCGGGCCAGGUUGCUCCGUGACCACCGAGAGAUGGUACUCUCACAACGCAUGAGUGAGGAAUUCGACUUUCUGCGGUAUACAGACGUGCCUGGAUUUGCCCUUGACGCGUUCUUGAACCCCAAGGCUUGCUGCUGGCGCUGCAGGAACAUACAUGCAUUCAAGGAGGACGAGCGCUGGAGCGAAAAGUAUGAUCCGUUGUCAUUUUCUUGGGAGCGUCAAGGGAGAUACAACUGCGGUUGCGCCGAGCCCCUUGGCGCAUUCGCAAUAGCAUGCUGGCGUCGGGGAGGAGGAUGAGGAAGUCUAUUGGUGUCACGUUAUGGG